UUCGCCAGGCGUCUGCUCGAAUGUAGGCGCUAAGGCGAAUAUCUGGCGGCGAGCUUGUCUAGGGGACUAAGUACGAGCUCGCAGAUCAUUCACAUCCAGUCUAAGGGCUGCCGUUGCCCGCAGACUUGUGCAUGAGGGUAUAAGAAUCAUAGUGGAGAGGCGAAGUUGGGCUCACAGGGCUCAGCUCAUCAUGGUUUCCUUCAACUCUAUCGCUCGAACGACACUCUUGGGCGUAUUGACUUGGGGUGCCCAUUCUGCUCUCUGUCAAUCUCCAAGGCCAACGGCGAGCGUGACCAAUGGGACUGUCGUCGGUGUCGAGCUGCCUACUUUCAACCAGGAAUUCUUCGGUGGAAUACCCUUUGCCCAACCACCCGUCGGGGACCUUCGCCUUCGACUUCCAGUCAGCAUCAAUUCGACCUUCCCGAAUGGCACAUUCGACGCGUCUGAAUAUAGUCCAAUUUGUCCCGGUCAUGGAGGAGAUGACGUUGGAUAUUCAUUGGAUGAGGACUGUUUAACUCUGAACGUUUUGAGGCCCAUGAAUAUUUCAGCUGGAGCCAACCUUCCCAUCAUGCUGUGGAUUUAUGGUGGCGGAUACGUCAUGGGAUCGUCCAGAGAUACAAGAUACAACCAGAGCUACACUGUCAGCCGCAGUGUAGAGAUGGGUACGCCCGUUAUCGGUGUCUCAAUAAACUACCGUGUGUCCCACUUUGGAUUUAUGAACUCUCGACAAAUAUUCGAUGAGGGCCUCAGCAAUAUCGGAUUAUGGGACCAAAGACUCGCCUUAACUUGGGUACAAGAGAAUAUUGCGGCAUUCGGAGGCGAUCCAGCUAAAGUGACGGUCUGGGGCGAGAGUGCCGGUGCUAUGUCCAUCAGUAUGCACCUCAUCGCCUUCGGAGGUUCGGACGAUCCUCCCCUAUUCCGCGCUGCAAUCCUCGAAUCGGGCACCCCUACUACUCAGAGCUACGAGACUCCCGACCUCUACCAGCCUGCAUUCGAUAGCUUUACCGCAUUCGUAAAUUGUUCAGAUGCUCAGGAUGUCCUUGCCUGUCUUCGCGCCGUGCCGUACGACCUGUUCUUCGCUGCUGGGGGGAAUAUUUCUACCGCCACAUCAAACUGGGAGCCUAUCAUCGAUGGUAAUUUUAUUCCAGCCUUCCCAAGCCAGCUAUUGAAACAAGGCAAGUACGUGAACGUCCCGAUCCUGAGCGGCGCGAAUACAGAUGAAGGGGUUUCGUUUGGUCCUGGGGGCAUCAACACUGAGGACGAGCUCAUAGACGCUUUGUUUGCUACGUCAUUUGGAUUCGCUCGCAACUCGACAUUGCGAAACUUGUCCAGUCUCUAUUCAUCGGACCCUACAGACGGGGCACCGUUUGGAACUGGCGACCUUCCAUCGAUCAAAAAUGGUUCGCUCGACAAGAAGGCGGACGCCAUUUACGGCGAUAUCAUGAUGAUCGGAACCCGGAGGAACCUUGUCGAAACUUACUCGAACACGACAACUGCGUGGUCUUAUCGCUUUGACCACCUUCCGGAGUACUUGACCGUCCAGGAAGGCGUGGGGCAUUUCGUUGAGACACCUUUCGUCUUCAACAAUCCGCUUCCUCCCGGCGUUGCCCCGACGGGAACUGCCAAUCCGCGAGGCAACUCGACGGACGACUUGUUCCUCGGAUUGACGAUGCAGUCCCAAUGGAUCAGUUUCGCUGUUCAUCUUGAUCCCAACUUCCAUGGGGUCGAAGGCAUUCCUUAUUGGCCUGAUUACGCGAAUGGUACUAUGAACAUGGUCUAUCACAACAGUACGGAAGGUGGAACGACGGUGGAAGUUGACAACUUCCGACAGGCUGGAAUUGCCUUUAUCAAUGAGUGGUCGACGGACUUUGCUCGCUAGUGGUGUAAACCUUAUUUGAGAUGUCG